GCUUUUUUUAAUUCUUUUUUAAUUUUAAAUUUUUGUAUAAAUUUAUUAGUUGAUUAAAUCGAAAAAAGUGUUGAAAAACUUGGUGGUGCAAAGGUGACGUGGUGAACCUGGCUCACCGAAAUCGGAACUCACCAUGUGAUCACGUGGGCCCCACGUUUAAUGGCGACACCCGUGAGUCGUGACGCACGUAUCCGUUACACCGAGAGAAAUCCCCUCCCUCUCCGCGUCUCGCUCAUCGUCUCCCUCCUCCCACCGCUCGGAGCUCCCAUCCAUGGCGUCGCCGCCGACGCCGCUGAGGGCGCCGGAGCACCAGGUGGCGGGGCACCAGGCGGCGGAGGGGCGGCUCGGCCCCCUAGUCGACGGCGCCGGGCUCUUCUUCAAGCCCCUUCAGGGCGACGGCCGCGGCGACGACGAGGUCUCCUUCUACACCCUCCUCUCCUCCCUCCCCUCCUCCUCCCUCCCCUCCUCCUCCUUCUUCCCCUCCUUCCACGGCACCCGCCUCCUCCCCGCCUCCGACGGCUCCGGCCCCCACCCUCACCUCGCCCUCGAGGACCUCGUCGCCGAGUUCUCCAACCCCGCCAUCGUCGACAUCAAGAUCGGAUCCCGCACCUGGUACCCCCAGGCCUCCGAGGACUACAUCCGCAAGUGCUUCGAGAAGGAUCAGCGGACCACGAGCGCGUCGCUGGGGUUCCGGAUCUCGGGGAUCCAGAUCCGGGACGGAUCGGGGGCAUGGAAGCCCGAUCGGGGCGAGAUCCGGAGGUUCUCGCCGCGGGACGUGCGGAUCGCUCUGCGGCGGUUCGUGUCCUCCGAUCCGCGCUCCGAUCCCGACCGCGCCCUCGCCGCCGCGGUCUACGGCGGCGCCGACGGGGUCUUGGCGAAGCUGGGGGAGCUCAAGAGGUGGUUCGAGGAGCAGACGCUGUUCCACUUCAACUCCGUGUCGGUGCUGGUGGUGUACGAGAGGGACGCGGGGGCGACGCUUGGGAAGGGGAAGGUGAAGGUGAAGUUGGUGGAUUUCGCGCAUGUUGUGGAGGGGAAAGGGGUGAUCGAUCACAACUUUUUGGGUGGAUUGUGUUCAUUGAUCAGGUUCAUCUCGGACGUUCUCACCGGAUUGGAUGAGAACUGCAUAUAGAAGCCAUCACCUAUGAUUGCCCAUGGAGAAUGGGGUUUGACGGAGCGAGAGCAAUUUGGAAUCAUAAAUGCGGAGAUUGGUGUGCGAACUAGCGCCAUUCUGAGGCAAUUUUGAACUGAUUCAACAUCCUUUUUCAUGUGGAAUUUCUAAACAAGCUCCUGUUACUGCACUGAAAUGUAACUCUCUUGUAUUUUUAUACUUCUAAUUUACAUGGGGCAAUAAAGCACAAGGGGGGUCCCUAAGCUUCCACCCUUUAGUUUCAGUCCAAGACCACAAACUUUUCGAUGCAGUCCUAUUGUGCCAUAUCAAACUGAACUGGGAUUUCCAUCUGCUUGUCGAAUUAAUCAAUAACCUCCGCAAUGUGCGGCAUCUCUUGCCUACCAAAUGCCCCCUUUCUGAGAAAGGAAGAUUAGUUGAUUGGGCUUGUAUUGCAAUUCCAUCCAUUUAUUUUGUCAACUGGAAUGUAAUGUCAAUAUCUUAAGCAACAUAGUUUGCAAUUUUUAUGUUAUCUCUCAAGCAACAAACAGUUGUGUUUCGCUAU